AAGAUACAUACAAUCUUGCUAUUAUCAAUUAUAGUUAUUAUCUUCAUGGUGGAGAACAGUGAAGCAUUCAGUUUUAAGCAAAAAUUACAUGAGCUAAAGCAGAAGGUGGUCAGCACUAGCUCUAAAGUUGCGGAGGAAGUUAAGAAGGAUACGAAGAAAGUCAUUGAGAAAGUAGGCACUGCCUUCGAGAGAUUUAAAGAGAAGAUUCAGGACAAGUUUAGGAAACGAGUUCAUAAGCAAAUAGAGGAAAUCAAAGAAAUUCAGAACCAAAAUGGGACUCUAACCGAAGAGCAAAAGCAGAAAUUGGAGAAGAGUCUGAAGAAGACUUUUGAUCAAGUGGUUGGUAGCCAUUUUAUCCUCCCUUCUCAAACUGAGAAGAUUAAGGAGCAAAUGCCUGAAAUCCUUGCAAAUGUGACGAGGAAAAUAGAUGAAAAGAGCCAAAACUGGGCCUGGAGAAAGGAAAAUGAAGGCAAAUUUGCUGAAUUCCUCAUAAAAUACCCCCACAUCAGCAAAGAGUAUGAUGAAAUGGUCAAAAAGGUCAUGCAGAUGGUUGAGGAUAAGGCAAGCAUUUCAGAAAUUGAGGCUGAACUUCAGAGGAGAUCCAAGAAAAUCUUCGACCAAAUCCCUGAUAAUGAAGAGACAGAGAAGUUCUUUGCAGAAUUUGAGAAGAGAGCUGAUCAGCUUGGAAACUCUGCCAAAUUCAACCUGACAGAGUUCAGAGCUGAGGUCAAAGACUUUAUCAAAAAGUAUGGAUCUGGGUAUAAAAAUGCUACUGAUGAGCAGAAAGAGGAGCUUAUCAACUAUGUCAUUGCAACAAAUGAAAAAUUUGAUAAGUUGCUGAAAAGAAUCGAAGACAAGAAGAUCGUAGAAAGGAUCAUCAAGAGAUUCCAGAAGAAGAUUAACGAAAGACUGAAGAAUAACGAAGAUGUUGAUUAUGAUAACAUGAUGAACGAGUUGGAUCAUGAAAUUGAAGAUGUAGAAGAGAUGCAACUUGCUAGCAAGUAUGACUCAAGUAUCGCCCUAGAGACUCCGUAUCCUUUGGACCCAUUACAGCAAUUCACCUUCACAGUAGAAGAUGUCAUGGUUGAGAGAAGAGCUGAUGUUGACUUCUUUGAGUUUGUCAAAGUAGAUCUUAAGCAAGGCUUAUACUGUGAAGAUGAGGAUGAUUAUGAAGAUGGAGACGAUGAUGACUGCUAUAGACCAAAAGGAGAAGAAGGAAAAAUUGUUCCCUCAGGCGACACUAUUUAUGGAGUUGCUCCAAGCCGUGAGUCUCUCUUUGAAUAUGAUGUUCAAUUGAAAUAUACAUCUUUCAGAGCUGGUGGCGAAUCUACCAUUUACAAUACUACCUUAUUCUUGAGAGUUGGUGAUGAAGAUGAUGAUAGCCCAAAAACCGUUAUAUUUUUCAUCAUAAUUGGCCUUUCACUCACUACUGUACUAAUCCUUGCUGCAUUUUGUUACAGAAGAUGGUCUGCUAGAAGAGUUAUGAAAUAUGAAGACUUUGAUGGAGAUGUUCAAAUCGGAAGAAAGUCAGUAGACAGACCACCAUCCGACCUCGAGAAUACUGCAAGCGAUUCAAAUUAAAACAACGGAAGAGAUAAAGUAUUUCAAUA